CUCGUCGUACCCUGGCUGCGCUCCCCCACCCUCACCGACCCCUCCGCCACCUUAUCCAAGGCGAAGACGCCGCCCGCCCUCGCCGGACGCACGGAUCGCCUCCUCGGAGGGUGAAACAUCCUCGGCUUAGGCUGUUCAGCUAUUUUCCCUGAGAUGUUGGCGCAUGGUCUAGCAACCAACCCCCUGAGGGCCACCAGAUGUCCAGUCACUUCGAGGGCGUCAAGUGCGCCGCUGGGGCUCGUCUCUUCGCUGGGCUUCGACAGGGGAUGCAAGGACAAGGUUAAACUUUUCGUCAGUGCGGAUAGGUACACGAAACAUGGCGCUCUUCUCAGUACGCACAGGUGUUCCAGAAUAACACCGUUCGCAUCUGCGGCAUUUGGUGACAGAGCCGACUCUUCGACUCCCAUUUUUCCCAGAAUCAAUGUGAAGGAUCCAUAUCAGCGACUUGGGGUCAGCAAGGAAGCUUCUGAAGAAGAAAUUCGAGCUGCCAGGAACUAUCUCAUAAGCAAUUAUGCAGGCCAUAAACCAAGCGUGGAUGCAAUUGAGUCUGCCCAUGACAAAAUCAUCAUGCAGAGUUUCUUUGAUAGAAGAAAACCCAAAGUGGAUAUGAAGAAAAAGUUCAGGGAACUUACUCAGUCACGUCCGGUCAAGGCUGUUCAGGCCAGAUUUCAGACACCAAAUAGCAAAGUUAUCUGGAAGACAGCGGUGACUUUCGUCUUGCUUGGAGUGCUUACCCUUCUUUUCCCUACUGAAGAAGGGCCAACUCUCCAGGUGCUGAUCUCUUGUGCAGCAAAUAUCUAUUUCCUUCACCAGAGGCUCAAAAGUGGAUGGAAGUCAUUCUUUUAUGGGUUCGGAUCCUUCUUUGCUUCCUGGUUUCUUGCCACAUUCUUGAUGGUAUCAGUAAUUCCGCCUAUACUGCCUGGUCCGAGAAACUUGGAAGUGAGCACUGCGUGCGUCGCUUAUGUGUUCCUUUUUGUAUCGUCAACCUUCCUGAAGUAGGAAAUUUUGAUAUUGGAAAUCCUGGUGUUCCCAUUUUAGCCCUUAGUCUAUAUCAGGCUGUAUAACGCAAUGGCGUCUUUUAUUUUUCAGAGGUGGGAAGUGGUAGUUCUUUGCAGAUUUUCUAGUAUAUAUCAGGUUGUAACGUGUGACAUAGAGCUUUCUUGCCUUGCCCCUUGAAACAGGAUGGAACCUCAUGUAGGCACUUUCGAUUGCUGUAUUAAGUACAGUUCGUUUUUGGAUAGAUCAUCAUAUAAUAAUUCCAUAAUGUUUCUUUUUGGAUUGAAA